AUGCCAUCCCCAUCGCCUCAGAAAGCAGGCCGCGGUGCAAAGGCGCGUAUCUGUGUCCAUUGCGGCCGGGCCUUUCGUCGUACGGAACAUUUGGAGCGCCAUGUGCGAACUCACACCAAGGAGAAGCCCUUCAUCUGCUUCUGUGGGGCGGCUUUUACUAGACGUGAUCUAUUGAAGCGUCAUACACGCAUUUCCCACCAGGAUGGGUUGGUAUCGCCCGACUCCCAGCCGGGGUCGAUGGUGAAGCCGGUUCUCCAAGCACCCCCGCGCACGGCACCUGCAGCUGCAGCCAUCCCACCGCAGUAUGAUGCAGCGGUUCGCCCGGUAGCUUCGAUACCGGGGCAAUCGCCCAUGCAUCAGUGGCCUGUUACGCAAACUGAACCCGCUCCGUAUAUACCUCAGAAUCAAGCCAGUAGUAUCGUGGCUGCCGGAGCUCCCAAUCCCACUCCAAUCCCAGGAGAGCAUCCGGCAAUGCAUGAUCCCGCCAUGCUGCAGGCUGCGCAAUUGCUUAUUCCUGGCGACUAUCAAGCCACCACAAUGCCCUAUCUUCCGGAGGACCUCAACCACUUUCAAGAAUUCACACAUUUCUUGGAUUCGAUUGGGUUACCAGCAGAGUGGCUUCCUAGCGACGGAGAAGCAAAUCAGAUGCAGUCGGAUAUCGGCCUCGAAGAUGUCCAAAAGCCUGUCCAAUCAUCGCAAGAGCAAACCAGGCCGCGACGUAGCCUGAGAGAGGAGUCGCGAGGAGACUCGCCUUUCCGCUCGUGGCUGCCAUCGGUCCCAAGAGGUGACCAAAGUCUAGGUGCUCUUUCCGACUCAGAACCACCGCAGGACUCCUCCAAGUCUUCUAGGUUCAAUAUUUCGGAGGACCAACGCUUUCGACUUGCAGCAGCCCUGGAAGAUUUUCGAAAUGUCAUCCCUGACUUUACCCUUCCAUCCCGCCAUACUCUGACUCGAUACCUCACUUCCUACUUUGAAGGCUUUCACCCGCACAUUCCAUUUAUACAUAUUCCAACAUUCCGUUUCAAUGAGUGCUCCGCAGAACUGAUUCUUGCGAUAAUGACGAUUGGGGCUCAGUAUCGUUUCGAGCAUCGAAACGCAGAAAGACUUUUCCACGUUUCCAAGGCCGUUCUAUAUGAGCGAAUGUCUAGGGACUCUCGUAUGGCGGGAUUCUCAGCACCCCUUGCUGUUUCUCAAUAUUCCGGUGACGGGCAAGCGGCAAGCGGAGCAGCAAUCAGCACCUCGAGACAGAUGGAAGUGAUUCGGUGUCUUCUUGUACUGAUGAGUUAUGCAACCUGGGAGCGAGCUGGACUCGUUCAGGAGGCCUUCCAAAUUCAGUCCCAGCUGGUCCAACACAUCCGCGACGCUGGGCUAACCGAGCCAUACACCGACCCUCGUGCUACGUCGCAAGACUGGUACGAAUGGGCCGAUCAGGAGUCUGUACGACGGACCAAGCUUAUUUCUUUCUGCUUCAUUCACAUACACAGCGUUGCUUACAAUGUCUACCCCUCACUUCGGAGCAGCGAAAUUCACAUGCGCCUACCUUGCUCAACGAAGGAAUGGACAGCGAACAACGCCGUUGAGUGGGAAGCCGCUCAACGAGACCGAGGGCCUCAGCAAUUGUUCUUCCAAGAUGCUUUGACUCUUCUACUUCAAAAGUCACGGUCAACGGUGCCGCUACAACCGAUCCCAGCACCACUAGGCAACUACAUGCUUCUUCAUGGCCUGCUGCAGCGAAUUCACAUUGUUAGUGAACUCUCGUUGCCGAAUGGAAGUCACUCAACCACUCUACCGACAGAAGAAUUGAACAAAAUAGAGCGAGCUCUUCGUUCGUGGACCUCCGUCUGGCAACAAGCUCCUGAAUCAAGUCUCGACCCUCACAACGCUAAUGGACCAAUCCCAUUUACAUCAAGCGCCCUCCUAGGACUUGCCUACGUACGACUAUCUCUGAAUCUCGGACCAUACCGCCGUCUCGAAACUCGUGAACCAGCAACUAUAGCAGCUGCUCUGUGUCGGUCUCCCAAACCGGAGAGGAGCUACCGCCUCAUUCCAGCUCUCAUCUACUCUGCUCAUGCACUCAGCAUUCCCGUCCGUCUUGGAAUCGACCAUAUCGCCCGGAGUCAAGCCUUCUUCUGGAGCGUAAGGCAUUCGCUGGCGAGUCUUGAAUGUGCUGUCUUGCUCAGCAAGUGGCUUUUCACACUCACAGAGGCGGCACCUGAUCAAGCUUUGAGUGAAAACGAGAGCCGGAUUCUCCGCUGGACUCAAUGCAUUGUCGAAGAAGCGUACUCGUCAAUCGACCUGGAUGACGAAUCGGAAGCUCCACCGAACCUCGAGCCUGCUGCACUGGGAAUGGCAGUCCUCAGGCUUUGGGCACGAUUGUUUAAGCGGAAUACUCAGUGGCCUUUUAUCAAUGUCCUCGGACAAAGUCUUGAGCAGUACAUGGCGAUGAUCUAA